AUGAGGGGACUGGUAUCCUUCUUGCCAUUGCUGGCUGCGGCCACCGUUGGGGCGUUACCUGCCUCAGAAAAUGCAUCUUCUGGAACGGCGGCGGCAACCUUCGCCAAGACUGACGGCCUGUUCUUCAACAUCGAUGGAGAGACCAAAUACUAUGCCGGGACAAACUGCUAUUGGUGUGGCUUCUUGACAUCGGACGAGGAUGUCGACAAGGUGUUCUCGGACAUGGCUGCUGCCGAUCUCAAGAUCAUUCGAGUCUGGGGAUUCAACGACGUGAACACGAUCCCGGGCGCUGGAACCGUGUACUACCAGUACUUGUCAGCAAGCGGAUCGCAGAUCAACACGGGCUCAGACGGGCUUGAGCGACUGGACGCUGUUGUUUCCGCGGCCGAGACCCAUGGACUGAAGUUGAUCAUCAACUUCGUAAACAACUGGAGCGACUACGGAGGCAUUGCGGCUUAUGUGUCCGCCUUUGGUGGCUCUGCUACUUCAUGGUUCACCGACAAGACUUCUCAGGCUCAGUACCAGAAGUACAUCGAUGCGGUCGUCAGUCGAUACAAGAACUCAACUGCUGUCUUUUCUUGGGAGCUAGCCAACGAGCCGAGAUGCAGUGGAUGUGAUGCGUCCGUCAUCUACAACUGGGCCAAGACUACCUCGGAGUACAUCAAAUCUCUAGACUCCAAUCACAUGGUCACACUUGGCGAUGAAGGCUUCGGCCCUUUGACUGGAGGAGACGGCAGCUACCCGUACACAGUAUCUGCUGGUGGUUAUACGUGGGCCGACAACAUCAACAUCACUACAUUGGACUUCGCUACCUUCCACCUGUAUCCCGAUAGCUGGGGUCAACCUUACAGUUGGGGUGAUCUUUGGGUAUCUACCCACGGUGAAGCCUGUGCAGCUGCUGGAAAGCCGUGCCUGAUGGAGGAAUACGGAGGCAAUAACAAUUGCACUAUCGAGAAUCCUUGGCAACAGACGGCUCUUAACACCUCAGGAAUCGCUGCUGAUCUGUUCUGGCAGUAUGGGGACACUCUCCCAAGCACUGGCAGUCAAACUUCACAGGAUGGAAAUACAGUGUUCUACAACCAAGGGAACUGGGACUGCAUGGUCACUGACCACGUCAAAGCGAUCAAUGCUCUCUAUCCUUAG